AUGGAUGAAUGUCCAAACAGUACAGUUACUGAAUUCUACAUCGUAGCUUUCUCCGUGUAUGAAGAAGGACAACUUGUGCUAUUCAUUGGAGUCUUACUUAUGUAUCUAUUGACCGUGACUGGAAACAUAUUAAUUACUAUACUUAUCUGCCUGGUGCCCCAGCUCCACACUCCAAUGUAUUUCUUCCUGUGUAACCUAUCAGUUGCCGAUAUCUUAUAUGUCUCAAGCACUCUCCCAAAGCUGUUGUCUAUAUUUGUAACAAAGGACAAUAGUAUGUCCUUUCCAGCCUGCAUUACUCAGGUCCUCUGGUUUACGUUAUCUGUUCUCUGUGAUAUGUUCACUCUGACCUCUAUGUCAUAUGACCGAUAUGUAGCAGUCUGUAAGCCCCUGCAAUAUCUUAUGAUUAUGAGUAGGAGAAUGUGCAUUAUAAUGGCUGCUUCCUCUUGGCUUAUAUCUACUACAAACGCACUCAUGUAUGCAAUCCUCACAUCCAUAUUAUCCUUCUGUUCCUCACACAAAAUUGACCAUUUCUUUUGUGACAUGAAAACACUGUAUACAAUCACCACUAGUGACACUACAAGCAGGGAGAUCCUUAUGUUAUUUGAUGAUAUAUUUCUUGCAUUUCUACCAUUUUCACUCACUAUAACCUCUUAUGUAUAUAUAAUCUCCAACAUACUGAAGAUCAGUUCUUCAGGGGGACGUUUCAAAGCUUUCUCCAGCUGCACCUCCCAUCUCACCACUGUCAUAUUAUUCUAUGGACCAGUCAUCUUCUUGUAUGCUAAACCACAGUCUGAACGGUAUAAAGAAGCAGACAAAUUGCUCUCAUUGCUUUAUAUGGCUGUGGUUCCAAUGCUAAACCCAUUUAUCUACACAUUACGGAAUAAGGAGGUUUUGGGAGCUAUUACAAAAAUAGCAAGAAUCAAGAGACACUCCCUUCUCAUGUAA